AUGGAGUUUUUAAGGAAGUUUUUUCUUUGGUCUUUGCCAGUUUCUUUGAUGUUUUUUGUGGUAGUUUUGACCAAUAAUAAUGGGGUUAAUGCUUCACAUGAAGUGUUAAUGGAAUUGCAAUCUUCAAGUGUUGUGAGUGUAAGAAAAAUCCAUAGAACUGGUUACCAUUUUCAACCCCCUAAACAUUGGAUCAACGAUCCCAACGGUCCAAUGUAUUACAAUGGAGUCUAUCAUCUAUUUUAUCAGUACAAUCCAAAAGGGGCCGUAUGGGGCAACAUUGUUUGGGCCCAUUCAGUUUCCAGAGACUUGAUUAAUUGGGCCCGCUUAGAGCCCGCAAUCUACCCAUCCAAAGUGUUCGACAAAUACGGUACGUGGUCCGGGUCAGCCACUAUUCUACCUGGAAAAAAGCCCAAGCCCAUUAUCCUCUACACUGGAAUAGUAGAUGCCAAAAAUACCCAAGUCCAAAACUACGCGAUACCAGCUAACUUAUCCGAUCCACUUCUUCGUAAAUGGAUCAAGCCCGAUAACAACCCGUUAAUUUUUGCUGACAAGAGCAUCAACAAAACCCAAUUCCGCGACCCGACAACGGCUUGGUUGGGCCGAGACGGGCAUUGGAGAAUUUUGGUUGGUAGUGUUAGAAAACAUAGAGGAAAAGCAAUAUUGUAUAGGAGUAAGGACUUUAUGAAAUGGACUAAAGCCCAACAUCCACUUCAUACAUCAGCCAAUACUGGAAAUUGGGAGUGUCCUGAUUUUUUUCCAGUGUCAUUGGAACAUUCAAAUGGUUUGGACACAUCAUUUGAUGGUGACAACAUUAAACAUGUUCUUAAAGUUAGUCUUGAUUUGACUAGGUUUGAGUACUACACAGUCGGUAUCUAUGACACAAAAAAAGAUAGGUAUAUUCCGGACAAUACAUCAAUCGAUGGAUGGAAAGGAUUGAGACUCGACUAUGGUAAUUUUUAUGCAUCCAAAACGUUCUAUGACCCUAGCAAAAAUCGAAGAAUUUUGUGGGGUUGGGCUAAUGAAUCGGAUGCUUUCCCUAUUGAUGAUAUCAAGAAAGGAUGGGCUGGAAUUCAGGCUAUUCCGCGUAAAAUAUGGCUUGAUCCUAAUGGCAAACAGUUGGUUCAAUGGCCGGUUGAAGAAUUAAAAACCUUGAGAAAGAAUAAGGUGCAACUAAGAAAUCAGAAAUUGAACAAGGGAGAAAAGAUUGAAGUUAAAGGAAUCACACCUGCACAGGCUGAUGUUGAAGUGACAUUUACCUUUUCAAGUUUGGACAAUGUAGAAGAAUUUGAUUCUAGUUGGGAUGAUCUUUAUGCACAAGAUGUAUGUGCUAUUAGAGGUUCAACUGUUCAAGGUAGACUUGGGCCAUUUGGGCUUCUAACUUUGUCUUCUGAAAAUUUGGAAGAGUAUACACCUGUUUUCUUUAGAGUGUUCAAAGCUCAAGAUAAAUACAAAGUUCUCAUGUGUUCUGAUGCCUCAAGGUCAACCCUUAAGGAUAGUAAGAAAAUGUACAAGCCCUCCUUUGCUGGAUAUGUUGAUGUAGAUUUAUCAGACAAAAAACUGUCUCUAAGGAGUUUGAUUGAUCACUCGGUUGUAGAAAGUUUUGGUGCUGGUGGGAAAGCAUGCAUUACAUCAAGGGUAUAUCCAACAUUAGCCAUCCAUGACAAAGCACAUUUAUUUGCUUUCAACAAUGGCACUGAAACAAUCACAAUUGAGACUCUUGAUGCCUGGAGCAUGGCUAAAUCUAAGAGAUAUUGAAUUAAAAUGUUGAGGAAGCUGAAAGGAGAAAAAAAUUAUAAUUGAUCUUCACUUUUCUGUUUUUUUAGUUUUAUUGGCCUCUUUCGUUUUGGAAAGAACUUGUACAG